AUGUGUAUGAAAGAGUUUUCUAAUGUCUUAGAAUCGGUUAUCCUCUCGAAGGAGAGCUUGCUUGUCCUUGGGGACUUCAACAUUCAUGUGGAUGACUCCAAGGACAGUGGCGCUAUGAAGUUCCUUGGACUUGAGCAGCACGUCAUGCAACCGACUCACAUCCAUGGUCACACCCUGGAUCUUAUUAUCACACGAAAAAUGGAGUCACUCAUAAGGUCGCCACCACGUAGUUGCCACUAUUUUUCUGAUCAUGCAGCUAUUCAUAGCAGUCUUCACUUAGGGAGGCCUGUUUCCCAAGUCAAAAGAGUUACCUACAGGAAAAUAAAGGCGGUGAAUCUUCAGUGUCCUAAACAGGAUUUCGUGUUGUCAGAUUUGUGUAAGCGGGAACACGCUAAACCUUUAACCAGCUACGAAGAUCUUGAAAAGCUCGUGUGUAAUUAUAACAUUGUUCUCAGGAACAUAACCGAUAGUCAUGCGCCCCUUAAAACAAAAGUUGUAAGAUCAAGACCACAAGUCCCCUGGUAUAAUCAAGAUAUAGCUGAAGCGAAGAGAAAGCGGCGCAGGGCUGAGCAGGCCUGGAGGAGAUCAAAGUUAGCUGAAGACCUUUUGGUGUUCAAACGUCUAAAAAAUCAUGUCACACACAUCAGUAACAAGGCGCGCAAGGAAUUUUACACAAACUUUAUACAAGAACAUGAAGGUGAUCAGUGUAAACUCUUUAAGGCGACUAAAGCUAUGCUCCAGCCAAAAAGUGAUCUAUGUUUUCCUGAUUAUCAUAAUAACACUGUUCUUGCAAAUGAUAUUGGAAGCUAUUUUCACCGUAAGGUUGCUAAUAUUCGUAAUGAGCUUGACGUUCCUCAUAAUUUUUACGAUGAGCUUGUUAGGGUAAUUGACAACCCUGAAUUUAAUACCGAUCACGAGAAAUUAUCCAACUUUAAAGAACUUACUCAAGAUGACGAAUAUCAACUUAUUAGAACUACAACCAAGAAAACCUGCUUGUUUUAUCCUAUGCCUACUUCUCUGUUAACAAGCUUUCUCGAGGAAAUUCUUCCGACUAUUACAUCUAUGAUUAAUUCUUCUCUGUCGCUUGGAUAUGUCCCAUUUGAGUGGAAAGCUGGUUUGGUCGACCCGAGGUUGAAGAAAUCUGCUCAUAAUAUUUCCCUUCCGAAUUUGAGACUUAUAAAUAUGAAUAACCAGAAGGUCACUUUUCUCAUACUGCUGGAUCUGAGCUCCGCAUUUGACACGGUAGAUCAUCAAAUUCUCCUCCAUCAUCUCCAGGUUACCUUUGGAAUUACCGGAAACGCCCUUAGUUGGUUUUGA